AUGUCGUUCACGCUAAACCCAGACCUCGACCGUCCGAAAGACUCGCUAGACUACUCCGUCUCUCUCCUCGCCGGAAUUCCCGCGGCCGCACAAUGGCACCACGCCCCAGACGCCAGCCCCUUCGACGACGGCGCGGCGUUCCACCUCAUCCGCGCCGCGGUGACGGAGCAGCACAACGACCCGCAACGCCUGCGGCGAACGGCCGGCGUCGUGGCGGCGCUGCUUCCUGCGGAGCGGUCGGCCGAGGCGCUGGCGUCGUUGUGGGGCCUGUUCAUCUCGUUGGCGCAGCAGACGCCCUCGAGUAACAUUGCCAUGCUGGAUUUGGUGGUGCUCCUUGACUGUCUGGCGCUGUCGCCGAAGACGGCGGCGACGGUGGUGGUGGACGGGGUUGAGCAGAUUAGUCAUUUGCACGGGUUGGAUAGGUGUAUUAGGGAGUGUAUGGUGUCCCCAUACGUCUCCGACGACGUCCCCUCGACCCUCACCCGCUGGAUCAACCUCAACGCCUUCGCGGCGCUGCUCUGGUCCUACAACCUCGUCGACGGCCGCGACCACGCGGUGCAGCAGCUGCGCUCAGCCUUCGAGGACCGACGGUCGUCCGACGUGGGCGACCGCGCUGCGGCGGACGCUCGGGUGGUGGCCGCCGCGCAGUGGGCGGUGCACGCGUGCCAGCGGCUGUACCACCUCUCCGUGACGUCGUCAGGGGAAGAAGCCACAGGGACGAAAGCUAAGCUGUGGCGGCCCGGGGCGCGGUUCAAGGGGCGCGCGGGGUUUUCGUUCCAGCGGUGGGAGUUCUGGCAGGCGGCGUUCGAGGAGGUGCAUGAAUUUGGGAGCGGCGGGGUGGAGGCGAAGAUCGAGGCUGGGGCGGCGAGCGGGAUGAUGGAGAAGGUUCUGUAUGCUGGGUUUGAAGGGUGA